AUGUCUUCUGGGGAUGAUAGCAAGGCUCCAAGCUCCCAGGCACCUUUGUAUUUAUGGGGAGGCUCCCUAGUGCCCAGUAAGAAGUUUGUGGCCAACCUGCACCGUGUCAUGACCGAUGGUCAGUUCCAGAAGUGGCGAGCUGCUUUCGCGUCUACCAUUCUAGAUGAAGUGCAGGUCAAGCUACUGAAGUCUCGGUCUGAUAACGAGCCUCUGGUGGAUGCGACUGAUCCUGGCGCUAGGAUCAUUACCUCCUUUUUAUUUCUCCUUGGGCUUCAAAUUCCCGCUGUCGAAGCUCUUCAAGGAGGUGUUCUGCACCAUGGAGUGUGCUCCGAGCCAGUGUACCCCCAACGUUUACCGGGCGAUCAUGUGCUUCGAGAAUCUGAGCCGUUUCUUCACGUUGGAGUUGACGUGAGGCACUUCGAGCGGUAUGCCCAAGUUCGCGUCUGGAAGACCAAGCUGUUUGACGGUCUUAGUCAAGGAGAUCACGCUUGGCAUGACGACGUGUUAGAAGUUAGCGGACGGUGGGAAGGCGACGUUGGUGACAGCCCACUUGUUCCCACUACCUAUUGUUAUGUGUGGCUGACUAACUUCUGUCUUCUACUUAUAGUGAGUGACAUCAGCAAGCAAUUGGAGCUUGGACCGGACAUGGCUAAGGUCUGUUGUGCUUUGAACAUCCCUUUAAAGUUUCGCGAGUGGCGCUGGCUGUUGAGCGAGUACCGAGAGGUAGAUGCUGGUCUGUCCCCUGCCGAGGAUGUCGAAAGGUGGAAGCAAAACGGCCCUAAUCCUGAUGAUUUGCCUGCCGGACAGGAAAAGUGUUCUGCUGAAUCUCCCCCAAAGAGAAAGGCGGCUGCCAAAUCUUCGAGGGGUGAAGCUACUUCUUCGCACGAAAAGAAUGGGUCUCCAUCGAGGAAGAAGCCAAGGCUCCCUUCUGCUGAGAAGACUCAAGUGGGGUAUGCUCCAUCAUCGUCUACUAGGGUCAAGCAUACGCUUGAGAACCAUGAUGUGCUUUGUGAGGCAACUCGUGCCCAACCUAAGUCUGCCGAGCGUCAAAGAGAUGUAGACAUUCCUCCUCGAAGUUUGAGUCGUCUGCACCGGUUAAAAGAUGGAGAUCGAAGCGGGAAGUCUGCUCAUGAUCCAGUUGUUGAGUCACGGGCAGUCAAGCGUGGAGUUGAUUCAGUAUCAUUGACUCAUUUGGAGAUGAGGUUGGCGGAGGCUAAGAGGAUGAGAGAGUCAUCUGCCCAGGCUAAGUGUUCUUCUCUAACGUUGGUGGUUGAUCCCAAUGCGAACAAGUCUAGCCCUGCAGGGGAUGCCUGCGUGUCUGAUCUACUCAAGAUGAACUUCCUAUCAAACCCGUCUUCCUGUGCUGAGUUGGUUGAUCACAUCCGAUUGGUUUUUGCUGCUGUGACUAUUCAGAACUCAUCUGCUGUUGCCCUCUCUUCUGCCCAACUCAGCGAGUUGGAGAAGAAGAACGCUGAAUUGGCCAACCAGCUUUUCGUCAAGCAGACCCGUUAUGAAAAGAAGAUGUCUAAUUUGAGGGCGAUGACAUCUGAGCUGAAAAGCUCCCUUAUUGAGAAGGAUUCCGAACUCAACUCUCUUGCCGCUGAUUUGGUUAGUCGAAAAGAUGCCUUCUUUUGUCUUGAACGUAAGAAUGCUGACGUCUCCCUUAGCUAUGACAAGCUCUUAGCUAGAUUUCAUGCAUACCACAAGUCCGCAAAAAAAUCCAAGUCUGAAGCCAUCAUAGAUGCGUACAAGUUGGGCUACUUGCACUGCGUAGAUGGGACUACUCCCUUGUAUGCAAUUGAUGACGUAGACAUCGAGACGCUCUGCCCCGACUCACCCCUUGUGGAAGGAGGAGCUGAAGAGCAGGCAGCCAGAGAGGAUGAAGCAGAGGAAGACGCAGUAGAUGAGAUGAUGGCAGAUGUCGCGGAGCAGGCAGAUAGAGCCACUGAAGGCGUGGUUGAUCAGGCAGAGGUUGAAGUGGCUGCAGCUCAGAGGUCUCCUGCUGGCGGUCCCCCUGGGAGGACUCCGGGUGUGUUCUGCAUAUCCCUUAGGAUGGUUCUCCUUAGGAAAUUGGCGAGUGCCAAGGCCCCCCUUAAGGGGCUCCGGGCGUGUUCUGCACAUCCCUUAGGAUGGUUCCCUUUAGUAAGUUGGCGAGUGCCAGGGCCCUCCUUAAGGGGCUCCCGGCGUGUUCUGCACAUUCCGUAG